AUGAUCCCCAAGAAAAUCCAGAUAUGUUUCGCAAUUUUGCUCCAUCUCCUCCGCCUCCAGCUCCCCGUGUCUGCUUCUACAUCAAAGCCGAGAACUAGACCCGAUAAACCAGUUGGAAGCGGAGCACUCGGGCCAACCCCUGAUCAUAGAAUGAGCAGGGAAGAAGGUGAUUACAGGAAAUUUACUAAUUCUCCAGCUUGGAGUGAACAUAUGGGUCGGAAAACUGCCAAGAUUGUGGAAGGAGGUAGUGGAUCUCCUGCUCAGGAAGGAAAGAACUCAUAUGACAGCAGUCAUGGUAAUCCUGGAAGAUCUCGACUAAAGCCUGCUAUUCGAGGAGCUGAAAGUCCUGAUAGAGGUGCUGCUAUUCCAAAAUUUGGUGAAUGGGAUGAGAAGGAUCCUCAAUCAGCUGAAGAUUUCACCGGCAUUUUUGACAAAGCACGAGAAGAAAAGCAUACGGGGCCUGGAAAUGUCUCGACCACUCCAAAGCAUCAGUCUUACGUCGCACAUAAUCAUCAACCAAAAGAGAAACAUAAGAAAUGCUGCUUUCCAUGGUGGUAG